AUGGCCACCCAAAGACUAGCCUCCGUCUUCUCACACCUGUCGCCCUCGAAGACUGGCGUCUCUGCCAUCACACAGAAGCACCCCGAUGACAUUGUCAUUACCCUCGCCAUCCGAACACCCCUAGCAAAGGGCAAGAAAGGCGGCUUCAAGGACACAGACCUGGACUACAUCGUCUGGGCGCUCCUGAAGGAGGUCGUGAAGAAGAGCAAGCUCGAUCCCUCGCUGGUCGAGGAUAUCUGUUUGGGAAAUGUCGGGGAUGCCCGAGCAGCAUAUAAAGUCCGAGCCGCGUCACUUGCAGCCGGCUUCCCCCACACGUCAGGUGCAAGCUCCGUGAACAGAUUCUGCUCCUCGGGCUUAAAAGCCGUACAAGACAUCGCGAACCAGAUCUCCACCGGCAGCAUCGAGAUCGGGCUCGCGCUGGGUGGCGAAUCGAUGACCAACAACGGUGGUCGCGAGAUGCCUUUCAGCCCUGAGAUCGUGGCAAACCAAGAGGCGGCAGACUGUCAGCAACCCAUGAUCCAGACGAGCGAGAACGUCGGCAACGAUUUCAAUAUCUCAAGACGCACGCAGGACGAGUAUGCUUGCGAGAGCUUCCGACGGGCCGAGGUCGCGCAGAAGGCGGGCUGGUUCGACGACGAGAUCGUGCCGAUCACGACCAAAGUCAAGGACGCGGAGGGGAAUCUCAAGGAAGUGACGCUCACCAAGGACGAAGGCCCACGGUACGGCACUACGCUGGAAAGCCUGCUGAAGAUUCGACCUGCCAUGCCACAAUUCGGCGACAAGACUUCCGGAGGCAAUGCCAGCCAAGUCACCGACGGCGCCGCGGCCAUCCUCCUCAUGAAACGGUCGAAAGCCCUCGAACUAGGCCAACCGAUCCUCGCCAAGUUCGUUGGUGCCACCGUCGCCGGCGUACCUCCGCGGAUAAUGGGCAUCGGCCCCACGGCUGCGAUCCCCAAGCUCUUGUCCAAGUAUUCGCUGAACAAGGAUGACAUUGACAUCUGGGAGAUCAACGAGGCGUUCGCCUCCAUGGCCGUCUACUGCUUGAAUACCCUAGGCUUGGAGCACGAGAAGAUGAACCCCCGUGGUGGAGCGAUUGCGCUGGGCCAUCCGCUAGGAGCCACUGGUGCGAGGCAGAUCUGUACGAUUUUGAGCGAGGCCCGCCGCACGAAGAAGAAGGUUCUCGUCACGAGUAUGUGUAUUGGCACGGGCCAGGGCAUGGCUGGCCUGUUUGUCAAUGAGCAGUUGUAG